AUGCAGUCUGCGGCGGCUACUCCCGGUUCUCCAUCGCGUUCAUCCUGUUGCGAAAGGGAACGGGAAAGGGAGGUUCGCGAGGACCGUGAACUGGAACGCGUCAGGCAAAGUCGGGCGACUCCUGAAGGCGAUCGCGAGGAACAGAACGACGAGAGGUCCGCUGUAUCCGGGCAAAGUCUUGGUACUAUGACGAUUAGCGGUAACCAGGGAUUACCUCUGUCUCUGUCUUUAGAGGACAGAGAUCUCUGGACCAAGUUUCAGUGCCUCACCAACGAAAUGAUCGUCACGAAGAACGGAAGACGCAUGUUUCCAGUUGUCAAGAUAGUCGCGCGAGGAUUAGAACCGAAAGCCAUGUACACUCUUCUUCUCGAAUUCGUCCAAGUGGAUCCGCACAGAUGGAAAUACGUUAACGGAGAAUGGGUCCCAGGUGGAAAGGCGGAAGUCGCCCCACCGAAUCCUAUUUACAUACAUCCAGAGAGCCCGAAUUUCGGAUCCCAUUGGAUGAAGGAAGCUGUAUCGUUCGCUAAAGUGAAGCUGACGAACAAAUCUAACGGGAAUGGACAAAUUAUGCUGAACUCGUUACACAAAUACGAACCUCGUGUUCAUUUGGUUCGCGUGGAUGCGGUGGAGCAAAGAACGGUUCUUACGUACCGCUAUCCUGAGACACAGUUCAUAGCAGUGACAGCUUAUCAAAACGAGGAAGUGACGAAUUUGAAAAUUAAAUACAAUCCUUUCGCGAAAGCGUUCCUCGAUGCUAAGGAAAGACCUGCUGAUCCACAAACUUAUCCACAAUACACAGGUGCUUGGUUUCUGCCACAGUCUAGUAUGGGAUACGAAUAUAAUACUGCUACAGCCAUUGCAGCCGCCCAAAAUCAAGCAUCGGUAACGGUUAAUAAUCAUCUCUCGAAUUCCUGUACCAUUUCUACAGCUGGUCACAGAAAUACUUGUAGAUCGUCGCCUUACACACUGAGACAUAAAUAUAUUCAAGAUGAACAACGCACGGAUCCAUAUAGCCCGGUGCAACUCUUGCAUUCCACAGCCUACAUGGCAGCAUCGGGAUGGUCACCACGGAGUCCAGAAUCUUUACAAAACUUAAGUCCAGCUUGUUUACCACCUACCCAAGAAUGGCCCACAUCACCUUCGCCUUCGCCGACUUCAACAUCGCAUGCAGUAUUCAACAGAGGCACUGUUGGGACAGCAUCACCAACCACAGCUACAGGGUGCACAUUGUAUGUGCCGUCAAAUCUAUCUUCUGUCUCUCAAGAGCAUAGUCACUGCGCCGACACCUCAGCCUGGAUUCAUCCCACCACUCUGUCAGAGCAACAACAACAGCAACAAUCCUACUUAAAUUUGAAUCUCCACUUACAUCACCAGAUGUCUUCUUAUCCGGUUCCACAUACCGGGUUACAUCACACUUUACAUCCAAAUGGCACGGAUGCGGUUCCUCCUGUUGACGAAUAUGUUCACGAGUAUCAGGCUUCCCCUAUUCAAUCAACAACACCAGACCGUCAUCCGCAACACCAUCAUCCUCAAAUGUUACAUUUGCAACCAAUUCAACAGACUGGUACAGUGUCUCCUGUCAGUGUAGAAUAUGACACUCCUCCAAAGGAACAUCAUAUACCUGUUAGUUACUCGGAUCAAAGUGCAGAUACGCUGAACGACGUACAAUCAAACGAGAACCGAAGAUAUCUGACAACGGUUAUUGAUAGACAUCACCGUCAGGAUUCAGAUAUUGCGACCAAUGAUCAUCAGGCCGCUGCUUGGACACCACUGACACCGCCGCCUGCUCCGCAAACUACAGCAAUUUGAUUUAAGUAUGUGAUACAACUAGUUUUAUUUAUGUUACUUAGCUACUACUCUAUGAUUUCCACAACUGUUUCUAUAGGUAGGUGAUUAAACGAGAGCAAAAUCGAAAUAUAAACUAAAUAUGAAGUUGUACACAGAGUCCACUUAGGUGCAAUACGAAUAAGGUGUUCUGAAACAUAGAUGUGCUAAAAUUGAUAGUUUAAAGUUUGGGUAUGUUCAUACUCGUCAAAAAGAACAUACGUCAUAAACAGUUAACACAUUAUUCCUUAUUUUGAUGAGUAAUAUACAUAUAUACAAUUUAAACCAUUAAUCUUAGCAUACCCUGUAUAGGUAUUUGAAAUUAUAUUAAUUAUUGUUAAGUAUAGGAUACAUUUUUUAAUGUGAAUCGAAAAAUUUGGGCAAUAUGCAACAAGAAUGUAACGAAUACUAUGAAACAGGAAUACAGUGAACACAUGGUAAAAUAGAGAUACAUAUUAGCGUUUAUAACGGGAUUAGUUAAACAGUUUGUAGAUUUUAUCUAAUAAACUGUUUAAAUGUGUUUUGCCAAUCGAAUAAUUGAUGUCAAUUCAAUUUCGAUUUCCGAG